AUGAAGAUCAAGGCGCUGACACGGUCGCUGGAUGCGCACGCUCCCGCGCGCAAAGGGGAUGCUGCGCCCACCUCUCACAACCUGGACGACUCUCAACAUCCCUUCGAUCGACCUCGAGAGUAUACGCGCGCUCUAAACGCAUCCAAGUUGGAACGGAUGCAUGCUAAGCCUUUCGUUGGCGCUUGUGAGGGACACUCUGAUGGCGUGUACAGCUUGGCUCUGGACAGCAAGAGGCUGGCUUUUGCUGCGACAGGCGCUGGAGAUGGGGAGAUUCGAUUGUGGGACUUGAGUAGCAAGACGACAAUCAAGAGCUACUAUGGGGCUCAUAGGGGCAUCAUCAGCAGUCUCGUGAUUAGUCCAAUCUCCUUUCCAUCCGGUUUGAGCUUUGCAAGCGAAGGGUCGACGAGAAAUUCUAGAUUGAGUGGGAGGAGGCUACUGAGCGCGGGAACCGACAGGGUUGUGAGAAUGUGGGAUGCGGAUCCCGAAGCGAGCAGGUUUGGGGGCGGCGAUGAAGCGCAGAGAGGCGAUGCCGACGAAGAUGAAGAGUUGGAGCUGACUGGCGCAGGCAGUAUUCGCGGGCCGAAUUGGACACAGAAGGUGGAGCAGGUGAGUCAAAGUGUGGCGGUGGGGGCGCUCUAGGCAAGGGUUGGGCGUCCUUGCAUGCUUGAGAGACAUGCGCGGCGCGCCACGCACUCUUUGCUGACACAGAUAAUGUUUCAUCUGGCUCAUGCGCGGCGCGGGACCACUUCAGGCCCUUUCCUCUUGGACCUCGCCCACGGCGCUCAACUCCCUCUCGCAUCACGCCAGAGAUCCUCGCUUCGUCAGCGCAUCUUCAGCCAUCCAGUUGUGGGACAUUACGCGCGGCAAUGACUCUGCAGAAAGAGAAAGCGGAGCGCUGAGGACAAUGGAGUGGGGAGCUGAGAGCAUCAACUGCGUUAGAUUCAACAUGGCAGAAACAGAGGUGUUGGCUAGCGCAGGGAGCGACAGAGGCAUUGUGCUUUACGACCUCAGAAGUGCUAGCCCUUUGACCAAGAUGAUCAUGAGUGUGAGUGGCAGUAAAUCUGCGAAGGCGUAUGCGCUCGGCCAAGCGUGACUUGAUCAAGCUCAUGGCAGCUGGCAUCUCCGUUUUGACCUUCAUCUCGAUAGAUGAGAGCAAAUGACAUCGCUUGGUCGCCCGUGGAACCGACUACCUUUGCCGUAGCUAGCGAAGAUCACAACGUCUACACUUUCGAGUGAGUCGACACGUGAUAGAUUCUCAUCACUCCGAGUAGACGAGCUGACGCGCGAGGAUACGCAUCCUCACUAUUUACCUCAUAAAGCAUGCGCAAUUUGAAGUCGGCCACUCAAAUUUACAAAUCUCACGUCGCCGCGGUGAUGUCAGUGUCUUACUCUCCGACAGGUCAAGAGCUACUCUCUGGUUCUUAUGAUCGGACACUACGCCUCUGGAACGUGGGAAGCGGAUCGCGUUCGCGUGACACCUACCACGCCUCUCGAAUGCAGAGGAUAUUCUGCUCCUCCUACACUUACGACAAUCGGUUUGUGCUCUCUGGGUCAGACGACGGUAAUCUGCGGGUCUGGAAGACCCGAGCAAGCGAGAAGCUGGGCAUCAAGAGCGGCAAAGAGUUGGCCGCUAUGGAGUAUAGAGACAAGUUGAGAGAAAAGUGGAACAAGGUUGGAGAGGUGGGCAAGAUCGAUGCGCAGAGGAGACUGCCAAAGGCCAUUACGAGCGCGAGGAAGCUCAAGGGUACCAUGCUCGAAGCAGAGAGAGUCAAGGAAGAGAGGAGAAGGAAGCACACCAAGGUGAGUCGCAACUCGCAGCUCUUGCAGCGAGGCGCUAGCGCUGUGAAAAGCGAGCCGGAUCGGGAUUGAUCUGCAGAUGCUGACAUCGCUUUCUGCUUGACAGUCGGGUCAACACAAGCCAAAGGCGGCACGAAUGGCGGCCAUUCUGGCUCACAAAGAAUAA